AGUCGAAGGCAUUUGGGCCAAGUUCCAGCAAUGAAGCUGCUGAGCUGAAUUCGUUCAUCUCGGUGUGAUGGCAGUUGAUGACGAGGAUCAAUAUGACAAAACCACUAUGCUUGUGCAUUGUGGAAUUGUGGUCUCUGUUGUAGCCAUCCUGGUGGUGCCGAUGUGCCUGUACAUUGCAGGGCCGGCAAACUUUCUCAUACAACUGCUGAAGUGGUUGCCAGACAAUCCGGGGUGGGGCUGGUUUCUUGGUUGGGCAUUGUUACUCUUCGUGCUGAGUAUGCUGGGCUUGCCUUUUUGGCCACCUGCUUGUGCUCUGUCUGGGCUGAUGUUUGGCUUGAAUCAAGGAACUUUGCUCAAUUUUUUGGUGCUUUAUGCAACAACGAUUGGCAGUACACUCCUUGCAAAGACUUUGUUGCAAGAGCCUGUUCGUCGCUGGCUCGACAGCGGACAUUUUCCUGCAGCCCAACAAGCCUUCAAGUGCCUUGAAGAAGCGGACGACUCCCUGCAAUUUCUGGUUCUAUUUCGUUUUUUGAUCAUUCCGAUUUGGAUGAAGAACUAUGCACCAGCCACUCUACGAAUCCCUGUUUGGAAGAUUUUGGCAGCUGCCUUUCCCCACACGAUAUGGAUAUCCUUUCUAUACUCUGCGCUGGGUGCAUCGUUGCAAGAUGCAGAGGACUUGCUGACUCAUGGCUCCGAGUUCAAGCUGUCAGAUUUAAAGUGGCAACACACUCUCUUGUUCAUCAGUGCCGCUGUUGCAUCUCUUUUGAUUUCUCUGUACUCCUAUCGCAAGUACAGUGAAGCUACAAGUGAGGAAAGAACUCACUUGCUUCGCAAAGAGCCGUGAAGUGCUAGGAGGUCUGACAACAAAGUGGGUUGACUUGAAGAAGGAGCUUGGGUGAUGGUGAAUAUUGUUGUGUUGUGCAGGAAGAUCACACAGUGUGUUGUAAGAAAGAGUGAUUGUCAAGCUAGCCAAAGAACAUCGAGAAACAUG